UGUGAGUUGUCGGGCUAAUUAAAAUCACGCUUUACCAAUCGGUUGCGUAAACAUUGCCUGGGCUAUUCCAGACCACCUUUCGUGUAUGAUCUGCUACAGGAAAGACCUCAAACGCACUGUAACCUGGACUUAUGCCCAUUGGAUUUCUUGAGAGGUUUCAUACUGGCUUUCACCGUUUCACCGUAGCCACUGUGUUUAAGUCCUACCCCGGAUUUACUAAUCGCAUCUAGUGGUCUUGGAUCGUCCACCCGCCUCCUGCUUCACCGCAGCGCCCGAACAGAGGAGCUCAACAUGAUGUCAUCCUAUUAUCACUCUGGGAAGGAAACUGACAUGGCUACGAUGUCAGAGCCGCUUUGCUUAGAAAGAGACGUGUGCCGGGUGAUCGAGCUCCUGGACCGGCUGCAGCGCAGCGGGGAACUACCCCCUCCCAAGCUACAGGCCCUGCAGAGAGUCCUGCAGAGCAAGUUCUGUGCCGCCAUCAGAGAGGUCUACGAGCAGCUCUAUGACACCCUAGACAUAGCAGGGGGGCCCGAGGUGCGGGCACAGGCUACUGCAAAGGCCACAGUCGCGGCCUUCGCAGCCAGCGAGGGUCACGCCCACCCCAGGGUGGUGGAGCUCCCCAAGACAGAGGAGGGCCUGGGCUUCAACAUCAUGGGGGGCAAGGAGCAGAACUCCCCCAUCUACAUCUCCAGGGUCAUCCCGGGGGGGGUGGCCGAUCGCCAGGGGGGGCUGAAGAGGGGCGACCAGCUGCUCUCGGUCAACGGAGUGAGCGUGGAGGGCGAGCACCACGAGAAGGCGGUGGAGCUGCUGAAGGCGGCCCAGGGCUCGGUGAAGCUGGUGGUGCGCUACACGCCCAAGGUGCUGGAGGAGAUGGAGGCGCGCUUCGAGAAGAUGCGCAGCGCCCGCCGACGCCAGCAGCACACCAGCUACUCAUCGUUGGAGUCUCGAGGUUAACCACGCCCUCCGUUGGCCCCCCCUCCCAACCCGCUCAUCUCUCCCAUGGGUGUCUAGACUUUAGCAAGGACGGAGAUAGAAAAAAUACAAACAACUACCAAAGUAGCCAACCAAGACGUGUUAACUAUUUCCAUUGAUGAAUACGUGUGUAGGUGUUGUGUGCGUUAGUCCCUCCCUCCUCACCUCUUACCUAGAUCCUUUAUGGAGCUCAUUUUGUUGUUCAACUGAGAUUUUCUUCCUUCCACUAGAAUGCCUAUAUCCUAUUGGAGGGAAGGGAUUUAUUCCUAUACGUGUGCGUGUAUCUGUGUGUUUGUGUGUUUUGGCGUGUCUGCAAACAUUUGUGUGUGUGCCUGCGUGUGUCUUUGUGCGUGUGCAUGUGCACACAUGCACGUGUGUGUGUGUGUGCGCGUGUGUGUGUGUGGCUGUGUCCCAUAGGGGGUGGUGUCCUGAUGUGACGUGGUGAUGUGAUGCUGUCGGGGGGGAUGGGUUGAAGGACAGCAGCAGCAGCAGCCCUCGUUGUGACCUUAAUAUAGUUUGUUUGGGGAGCCACGACCUUUUUAGAUGAACCCACUUCACACAGGGCGAACCAGGAGCUGGAUGGAGUGAUAUACACAGUAUAUAUGCUAUUUGUACUAAGUAUUAGGUAUUUGAAAUGUCUUAUUUAUUUAUUAUUUUAUUUAUUGUUGUUAUUUAUUCAUGGAAUAAAAUAUAUGAAGAUUGAA